AUGUAUGCCAUAGCCAUUUUUGAGAACUUCACCAUCCUGUUCAUUGUGAAGAUGGACCCAAGCCUCCAUGGACCCAUGUACUAUUUCCUCUGCAUGCUGGCCAGCAGCGAUCUGGUCCUGUCCACAUCCAUCCUGCCCAAAACGCUCAUCAUUUUCUUGUUCAAUUCCAGGGAGAUCGAUUUCACUGCCUGCCUCACUCAAUUGUACUUCAUUCACUCGUUCUCAGUGAUGGAGUCUGGGAUCUUCGUGACCAUCGCUUUGGAUCACUACGUGGGCAUCUGUGAUCCCCUGAGCCAUUCUGCCACCCUGACAAACCCUGUGGUGGCCAAAAUUGUCCCGGACAUAGUGCUACAUGGUGGCAUUCUCGUACUGCCCUAUACCUUCCUGGCGAGGUGGUGGACAUAUUGUAGAACAAACAUCAUCCCCCACUCAUACUGCGAGCACAGGGCUGUGGUGAAGCUGGCCUGCAUUGACACCCACAUCAGUAGUUAUUAUGGUCUCUCGGUGGCAAUUUGGGUGACUGGUCUGGAUGUGAUUUUUAUCGUCGUGUCCUAUAUCCAGAUCCUCAGCGCCAUCUUCAGCCUCCCCACAAAGGGCACCCGGCUCAAGAAUUUUGGGACCUGCUGCUCCCUGCUCUGCACCAUCUUAAUAUUUACAUCCCAGUUAUCUUCUCCUCCCUCACAAAUUGAUCCGGACAGCACUUGGUUUUCAAGGAGGCUAUGUUCCUUUGACAUUUGCCAUGAAGAUGAUGAUGAUGAUGAUGACUGA